AACUUAGAAGUGCUAAACGCCCACAUGUCUACUCAACACUGACGGAAGUGCGACACAGAAGUUGGAACGCCGACGGCCAAGCUGCCCGACUCCGACACAACGACGGUUGCGAGCCUGCGAUGCUUGGCCGCCUCCCGACCGGUGCCCCGCCCUGCCCAUUCAGACUGGACCUUCCGCCUGCGCUGCUUGGCCGCCUCCCGACAGGUGCCUGGCCCUGCCAAUUCUGAGUGGACCUGGCGCCUGCGGUUCCGAUCCUUCCCAGUUCCCAGAAUCCCAUACCCGCAGCCCCUUCGCCCCUUCACCCUUUCGGCCUCCUGACCUUCAAUUCAGUGGUUUCUGUUUACAAAUAAUAACGACACGCUACGAUAGCAUUAUAGCACACAGUUUGUCAGUUUCCCAGAGAUUCUCAUGGUGGCCAAACCAAGUUUAGCUGUUUUUUAUCAAACAUUAUAUUCAUUGAGAGUUGGAAAUGGAAGGUAGUUGAUAAUUUGUUGAAUCCAUCACACUUGCGGGUUCUUCUAUCUCAUAAAUUUAAACCACAGUGAUUUUGUUUUUGGAUAUGCUUCAAUAAGGCUAUUGAGAUCAAGGAUCCCGUGGACGCUGAACGAUGGCUAACUUACUGUUUUCAAGCUCUAUACUAUGAUUUUCAUUUUCUACUACGUGUUUAACAGCUCAUAUUAUUGGUUAAGGCAGCCAUGAAUCUUGCUACCACAGUUGUUCCCAAAUCCCUGGUGGAGAUCAAAGCGGCUCUCUUUCAAGGCUUUGAGUCAUUCAACCACUUCAAGCACAUCCACGCUCGGCUUCUCCGCUCUGGUUUACACCAAAACAACUAUCUUCUCAACCAACUCCUGAUGCUUACUCUCAACUCCUUCCACAAUCCUGACUACGCUAAGCUUCUUUUCAGCCAAACCUUAGAACCUAACAUCUUUCUAUGGAACACUAUGAUCCGGGGUUUAGUAACCAAUGAUUGCUUCGAUCUUGCCAUAGAAGUCUUCAACUCCAUGCGCCAAAUGAGCUAUUUGCCGAACAACUUCACAUUCCCUUUUCUUCUGAAAUCAUGCGCCAGGAUUUCGGAUUAUGAACUGGGGAUCAAUGCGCAUGGCCUUGUCGUGAAAACUGGGUUUGGUGAUGAUCCGUUCGUGAGCACCGGGUUGGUUUGUUUUUACGCAAAAUGUGGGUGCUUACAGGAUGCGCACAAAGUGUUCGAUGGUCUUCCUGAGAAGAAUGUGGUUUCUUGGACAUCGAUCAUGGGUGCAUAUGUAGCUUUCGGGAGGUUUAGAGAAGCAGUCGUUUUGUUCUGCAGGUGUGUGGGGAUGGGUUUGGUGCCAGAUAGCUUCAUACUUGUUCGGGUACUCUCUGCUUGCGGCCAUCUAGGAGAUAUUGGAACCGGUGAAUGGGUACACAAGUAUAUUUUGGACACUUGUGGUCGAAUGAAUGUGUUUGUGGGUACUUCUUUGGUGGACAUGUACUCGAAAUGUGGGAACAUGGAGAAAGCCCGGCAUGUGUUUGAGGAAAUGUCUGAAAAAGAUAUUGUUUCAUGGAGUGCUAUGAUUCAAGGCUACGCUGCAAACGGCCUCCCCAAGGAGGCACUGGAUUUGUUCUACAGAAUGCAAAGGUCAAAUAUGAGUCUUGAUUGUUACUCAAUGGUUGGAGUGUUGUCUGCGUGUGGAAGAUUAGGUGCUUUAAACGUGGGUAUCUUGGCCAGUAACCUGAUCGACAAAAAAGAAUUCCAUCUCAACCCGGUUUUAGGUACUUCACUCAUAGACAUGUAUGCAAGAUGCGGAGAAAUGAAUUUUGCUUGGGCAGUGUUUAAAGAAAUGAAGGUGAGGGAUUGUGUCGUCUGGAAUGCCAUGAUCUCUGGGCUUGCCAUGCACGGCCACGUUAGAUCGUCAUUCUCAUGCUUUGCCCAAUUAGAGAAGCAUGGGAUUCCUCCUGACGGCAACACUUUCAUGGGUCUUCUCUGCGCCUGUACUCAUGCUGGCCUUCUAAAUGAAGGCCGUCGCUUUUUCGACAGCAUGGUCCAGUUGUAUUUCUUGAAACAUGACAUUCAACAUUACGGUUGCAUGGUCGAUCUUCUCGGGCGGGCAGGCAGGUUAGAGGAGGCCCAUUCCUUAAUUACCAGGAUGCCGAUGAAGGCUAAUGCCGUCAUUUGGGGGGCGCUAUUAGCUGGGUGCCGGUUAUAUCGUGACACAAAGUUAGCGGAGCAUGUUUUAAAGGAACUGAUUAAACUCGAGCCGUGGAAUUGUGGUAACUACGUUCUUCUGGCAAACAUAUACUCAGCCGACCGCAAGUGGAAUGAUUCAGAAAAGAUCCGAUCUGAUAUGAACAAAAUGAAGAUCCAGAAGCUGCCUGCGUGUAGUUGGAUAGAAGUUGGCGGAAAGGUUCAUGAAUUUCUUGUAGGUGAUAGGAGGCAUCCAAUGUCAGAUCAGAUUCAUGGUAAACUCGGUGAGCUGGAGAAGGGGUUAAGGGAAGCGGGGUACGUUCCAGAAACUGAAUACGUUCUCUUUGAUAUCGAAGAGGAGGAGAAGGAGUAUUUUGUUGGGUGCCAUAGUGAGAAACUUGCGGUUGCGUUUGGCUUAAUUAGCAGUACUAAACCUGAGGAUGUGAUCCGGGUGAUUAAAAACCUUCGUAUAUGUGGCGAUUGCCACACAGCCAUCAAACUCAUCUCGAAGAUCACAGCUCGGGAGAUUAUCGUGAGAGACACCAACCGUUUCCAUCAUUUUGUUGAUGGGUCAUGCUCCUGUCGAGAAUAUUGGUAGGAAAUUGUCUUAUCCACAUUCACCAUCCAUGAUGUAUGCAUAUGCCUAAAAGCGGUAUGUCAUGACCUUUUCGUCACAUAACCUUGUUAAGGGAACAACUCUGACAGGCUGCUAUCAUUUUGAUAAUAAAUGGUUUUGUGGCGGAGACCGAAACUUUAGUUUUGUCGGGGGCGAACUCAUGCGGCAAUAGGAAGUCACCCCAUCACAUAGCUCUGUUCCAAUGCAAUCAGGUGCAGCAAAAUUGGUAAGAUGUCUGAGUUUUUCUACAUGGUUCGUGGCACACAGAGAAAAGCAAAACCAGAGGAUGAAAAGUGAAGAAGGUGUCUUGGCCUGCUCUCUCGCAAAAAUCCUAAGAAUUCUCUCCCCUCUCAAGAGCCUGAUGCGGGUGGUUGCAACAGGAAAUCCAGCUUGCACUAUCGUGUAGUGGUUGAAUCAAUUUUUUUUUUCAUUUACCCCAGUGCCACAAAGUCUCCCACCUACGGUGGGGUAAGGGGGGGUCGGAUGUACGCAGUCUUACCCCUGUACUAAAGCACAGAGAGAUUGUUUCCGGAUGACCCAUAGUGAAAAUCCUGUCCAAAAUUGCAUGGACUGACUGCUGCUUCAUAACAAAGAAGCGCAAACAGUUUAGUGAGCCAUUUUGCUUUAUUCCAUCAUAAUCUCAAGCCAAAAAAUAAUGAAUCUUUGGCUCCAUUUCAAAAUGAUGGAAAUUGUGGUUGAAUCAAUUGAAGAGUGAAAAAUGAGUUUAGUGACUCUUAAUUGUUUACAUUAGGGAGUAUUUUUUGAUGGGUAAAUAGAUGAGUGGGAGUCAGAGUGGGUUCCUCAUGGUCAAUCAGCAUCGGAGGCAUGCAUAGCACAAAAAGGUACGAACCUGAGUUUUUCCAAGAUAUUGUAAAUGGAGGUAAUGGCAUUGUAUCUUGGGGAGCUGUUGACUGCAAUAGGACCAAUGGUAAGAGUGAUGAACUUAUUGGAUUUGUUACCACAGAAGUUGUCUUUGCUAGAGGAAGCGAGUUAGAUGAUUUGGUCAAGUUUGAUCCAUCAAAGCCUGCUGAGACUGUAGUUUAUAUCUUAACGCUUGGAGUCUUAAAAUCUUAUAGAAAGCUUGGAAUAGCCACUUCUCUAAUCAGUUUGGUCAUUGAUUAUGCUACAAGCAUGCAAACUUGCAAAGCAGUUUAUCUUCAUGUGGUUUCCAACAAUACACCGGCUAUCUCGCUCUACAAGAAAAUGUCAUUUAAAUGUAUAAGAAGAUUGCGUUCUUUUUAUCCGACCGAAGCCGGUCAGCGGGACGCGUUCUUGUACAUAUACUACCUUAAUGGUGGCCGUGCUCCUCGCUCGCUCAUAGAGGUUGUUACCCUUUUGAUUAGUUAUGCAAAGGGUAUACUUCAGAAGUCCAUCACGGCCAUAUUGUGAAAAUGUGAGAAACAAGACUUCCAAUUUCUGAAUGCAAGGAAACAGAACAAACUAUUGAAAUCGUGUAAAGAAUGGAUGAGAAGUUAGAAGUAAUACAUUAACCGAUACUUGUAUUGUUAUGAGAGCUUUGCCUUUAGGGCAAGUCCUAGAUCAUUCGUUCUUCAAUUCUAAUACUAUUCAUCAUCUUCUCCAUUCUAAUUCUACUUGUAUUUCAUUCUAAGUCUACUUCAAUAAAAUAGGGAUACUUCUACAAUAAUAA